CUCUCCCCCCUCCCCCGUUCCCCUCUCCCUUCCCGCACAUCCCCUGCGAUGGUCUCCGGCUCCGAGAAGCGCAAGCGCCGGCAGCUUGCCCGGGCCCAGGCCGCCAAGGCCACCACCGAGAAGUACGCACAUCUGGCCCGUGGCAGCAACUCUGUCGCCGCCCGGAAAGCCCUUCACGCCGAGGCACAGGCCCAGGCUGCCGCGCAAUCGGCCGACUCGGCACCUGCCCCGGCUGAUGCGCCCCUGGGUGAGGCGGCUCCCGGCCUCAGGCGCACGGUGUAUGUCUCAGGCCUGGCGUAUGAGUCCACCGAGGCGGCAAUCCGCAAGUUUUUCGCCGGCUGCGGCCCGAUCGAGCAUCUCAACUUGCCGAAGUUCCGUGACUCCGGCCGCUGCAUGGGCUACUGUCACAUUACCUUUGCCAAGGACGGCCAGGGUCCGGACUCCGAUGACGAGGACGCCGAGGCUGCGGCCCAUCCGGCCGUGGUCGCCGCGCUGGCCCUCAAUGGUCAGGUUCUGGAUGGCCGGUACCUGGACAUCGACCGGGCUCGCGGGCAUGCCACUGAUCGGCACAUGGUCCGCGGUCCGGCUCCCCCGGGGGCCGGCACCGAGGACGGCCCGCGCAACAUCUACGUCGGGAACCUGCCCUACUCGGCUGUGUCGACCAGUGCCGAGAACGACGCGUCCAACACCAGCGCCACGCUGGCCUCCCUGCGCAAGCUCUUCGAGCGGUAUGGCGCUGUGACCGAUGUCCGCCCCGGGCUGUGCAGCAUGACCGGUCGCUUCAAGGGAUUCGCCUACAUUCAGUUUGAGAGCGGCCUCUCCACCAAGAAGGCAGUGGAGGACGCGCAUGGCCGUCGCCUGGGCGGUCGGCCCCUUCGCGUGGAUUAUGACGCCUCGGCUGGCCCGCGGGCAGGUUACGAUGCCUCUCUCCGUUGGAUUGAUGGCCGCCGGAACACCUCGUCCUCUUAAGGGGUCUUCCCUCGGUUGGGCAUCUGCACCGACACAAUCUCCUGCGACCGCCUCGGGCUGUGAGGGCGUGUGGCCACGCCCCCCGGGCCGCGGCUCUCCAGCCGACCCUGGCCGCCGUAAAAUACACAUUUCUCCACCCCUGCCGAA